GAAGGCAGAUGCUUAAUGACUGAGCCACCGAGGCGCCGCCCCCCAUCCCUAAUUCUUUACAGCCUUGCCUUCACUUUGUUUUUGAAAAGAUACUUCAGACAGUUCUUCUACCUUAUGUGCAGGAAUUGGAUGGCUUGGCAUGGGGUGUUAAUCUCAGGUGGAAUAGUUUGAUGUUCACUGAUUGUCCUGGAGCUCAGCAUCUUUUAGGGACAUAAUUUUGCUUUUCUCUGGCCUCUUAAUUUUCCCCAGGGACCUGCUGGCCCAGAAGGGUUGUAGGGAAGGAGGAGGUAAGGUUUGCUUUAGCCCUGCAAUCUGUUUUUGGGCUUCCUUGGCAUGGAGGCUUCUAACUGUGGGUUGGCUUGAGGGAUAGAGGGGUAGUUGGAGCGUGGGGGCAGGGGAGGAGAAGGUGCCUCUGGUUUUACUCAGAUUGUUACAACUUCCAGGGUCAGAUCCUGCCUGUUUUCCCUGUUGGGGUAGCAAAGUGAUGGGGAGACCCCAAGGUUUUUAGUUCGAGAGAACUGGGACUCCUGGGGGUCACCAGCAGCAUCUUUAGUUGCAGUAAAUGGUAAAUGUUAGAACUGGAAAGCCACCAUAUUACAGACAAGGAAACUGAUUUUCCCAACACCAUGUGGCUGGGACCAGACUCCAGGGCUUGAGUCUGUCAUCUUUCUCUUCCCCCAUAGCUGCCCCCCUGUGAUGCCCUCUGACUCCCCCCCACCCUCACUCAGGAUGCUCCAGACCUUGUAUGACUACUUCUGGUGGGAACGGCUGUGGCUGCCUGUGAACUUAACUUGGGCUGAUCUAGAAGACCGGGAUGGACGUGUCUACGCCAAAGCCUCAGACCUCUACAUCACACUACCCCUGGCCUUGCUCUUCCUCAUCGUUCGAUACUACUUUGAGUUUUAUGUGGCUACACCACUGGCCGCCCUCCUGAACGUAAAGGAGAAAACUCGGCUGCGGGCACCAGCCAACCCCACCUUGGAGCACUUCUACCUAACCAGUGGCAAGCAGCCCAAACAGGCAGAGGUAGAGCUCCUGUCUCGGCAGAGUGGGCUCUCUGGCCGCCAGGUAGAGCGCUGGUUCCGCCGCCGCCGAAACCAGGACCGGCCCAGUCUCCUCAAGAAGUUCCGAGAAGCCAGCUGGAGAUUCACCUUUUACCUGAUUGCGUUCAUUGCUGGCAUGGCCGUCAUCGUGGAUAAACCCUGGUUCUAUGACAUGAAGAAGGUUUGGGAGGGAUAUCCCAAACAGAGCACCAUCCCUUCCCAGUAUUGGUACUACAUGAUUGAACUUUCUUUUUACUGGUCGCUGCUCUUCAGCAUUGCCUCUGAUGUCAAGCGAAAGGAUUUCAAGGAACAGAUCAUCCACCACGUGGCAACCAUCAUUCUCAUCAGCUUCUCCUGGUUUGCCAAUUACAUCCGAGCAGGGACUUUGAUCAUGGCUCUGCAUGACUCUUCCGACUACCUUUUAGAGUCAGCCAAGAUGUUUAACUAUGCGGGAUGGAAAAACACCUGCAACAACAUCUUCAUCAUCUUCGCCAUCGUCUUCAUCAUUACCCGACUGGUCAUCCUGCCCUUCUGGAUCUUACACUGCACGGUGGUCUACCCCUUGGAGCUCUAUCCUGCCUUCUUCGGCUACUACUUCUUCAAUUCCAUGAUGGGAGUGCUACAGCUGCUGCAUAUCUUCUGGGCCUACCUCAUUCUGCGCAUGGCCCACAAGUUCAUAACUGGAAAGCUGGUAGAGGAUGAACGCAGUGACCGGGAAGAAACGGAGAGCUCAGAGGGGGAGGAGGCUGUAGCCGGGGGAGGAGCAAAGAGCCGGCCCCUAGCCAACGGCCACCCUAUCCUCAGUAACAACCAUCGUAAGAAUGACUGAACCAUUGUCCCUGCUGCCCCUCAGAUUAACGCAUAAAGCCAAGGAACUAGCCUGUCCUCCCCAGAGGACCACUUAAGCCCUGGGGAGAAAGCAAACAAGGAGAGAGUUCUUCUAUAUCCCAACCCCCUGCUUCUUUGUCACCCAGUUGCCUUUAACCAAACUCUAACCAGCCUAUCCCCAGGUAGAGGGGAGGUUGGUAUAUCCUGUUAGAGGGGGGAUGGACUUAUUUUCCCUCUGUUAUUCUAAGUUGUCCUUUAUAUUGCUUUGGAGGCCUGCCUCAGCUCUGGGGGUGGCAAUUACAACUCACAUUCCUUAUUCUUCAGAAUUUGGCCCUAGCUGUUUGCCUCAGACUCCCUGACCUCCAGAGCCAGGGUCGUGCCUUAUUAUCCCAUCUGUGGGCCUCAUUCUGCCAAAGACGGACCAAGGCUCACCCUUCUAGGCUCCCUAACUUGGGCCAGAAACCAAAGCUGAGCUUUAACUUUUUCCCCUCCUGAGACACAAAUGAAUUGAGUGUAGGAGGGUACAUAUGACCCCUACCUCUGCCAAAAAGGGGGGGGCGCAUACUGGGACUGCUCAGAUGGUGUACGUGUUAUUUCUCUGCCAGCUGUCAUCACAGGUCCAGGAUCUUAACUGCCUCCUUCCUCUGGCCUCAUCCCCUAGGCUAGCUGGUUUGGAAUAGAAUGGCAACUAGUUCUAAUUUUUAUUUAUUAAACAUUCGGUGUUUUGGUUUAAAGCCAGAAUUACAGCUAGCACCUGGCAUUUCAGCAGAGGGACCACUUCAGACCAAAAUGUACUGUUAAUGGUUUUUUUUUUUUUAAUUAAAAUAUAUUAAAGAUUAAGUAAAACAUGGCAAUAAGUGUCUGAGACUAAUAGGAACUGAGAAGGGAGAUCAACUAAAUAAACUAAGGUAGUCUUCCUCAU